AUGACUAUAAUUGUGUAUGUAACCUCAGUCACGUUCAAGAAAGAGCUGCACACUCAGCAGAACCACAUAGAGACAGUCCUCAAGGCCAAACAGCUUGCGUAUCAGUUUAUAGACAUAGCUCAAGAUGUCAGCAAGAAAGAGGAGAUGCGAGAAAGAUGUGGCAAUGAAACAGCUGUAGCACCUCAGAUUUUCAAUGAACACAGUUACUGUGGUGACUACAGAAUGUUCCAGCAAGCAGUAGAAGAAGAUCGAGUCUUGUCCUUUCUGAAAGUGACUUAA